AUGGCUGCAAACAAUACACUCUCAUUGCGAUUAGUCUUUGAGAAGGACAAAUUGAAUGGUUUGAACUUUCUUGACUGGUUAUGUGACUUGAGGAUUGUCCUCAAACAAGAACAAAAAUUAUAUGUCAUUGAACAACAACUUCCUAUUAAACCAUCCGGUAAUGCCUUGGGAGCUGAUAGAGAUGCUCACAAGAACCGUCUAGAUGACAUGGUAGACGUUGGAUGUCUUAUGCUUGCCACUAUGAAUCCUGAGCUUCAGAAGCAACAUGAGGACAUGGUUGCUUAUGAUAUGAUCAAGCACCUGAAAGAACUUUAUCAAGGGCAAGCACGCCUGUCUAAGCUUGGGUUUCCAUUAGGCCAAGAGUUGGCCACUGAUGUUAUUCUGCAAUCGUUUCCGGAUAGCUACAACUAG